CAAGUGAGCCUGAUCCAAAGAAAAUGAAAGGAAUGGGUCCUUUAGAUAAAGCAUUUUAAAGUCAAGCUAGGGAGCAAUGUGAUGGCGAGAUAGCUAGGACAUUGCUCCCUAGCUAGGAUGUUCUACACAGCUGGUUUAUCUUUUAACGUUGCGAGAAAUCCUCAUUAUCGUAACUCAUUUGUACGUGCAUCACAAAUUCCAGGAUAUCUUCCUCCUGGAUAUAAUUCCCUAAGAACUACACUUCUUCAAAAAGAAAGAAAAAACAUUGACAUGCAUUUGCAGCCUUUGAAGAACACAUGGAAACAAAAAGGAGUUAGUAUAUGUAGUGAUGGUUGGUCGGAUCCACAACGAAGACCGAUAUUUAACUUGAUUGCUGCAAAUGAGAGUGGUCCAAUGAUGUUAAGGGCGAUCAAUAGUCAAGGUGAGACAAAAACCGGUGAGAUGAUUGCAGAAUUGAUCAUAGAAUGCAUAGAGGAGGUCGGACAUGAGAAUGUGGUUCAAGUAGUCACCGACAACGCUUCAAAUAGUGUGAAAGCAGGUGCUCUUAUUUCAGCCAAGUUUUCUACUAUCUUUUGGACACCAUGUGUAGUCCACACCUUGAACCUUGCGUUGAAGAACAUAUGUGCACCAUCAUUGAGCACAAGAAACAAUGAAGUUGUAUAUGAAGCUUGUUAUUGGAUAAAGUCUAUAAGUGAGGAUGUGACUUGGAUCAAGAAUUUCAUAAUGAACCAUGGAAUGAGGCUUGUAAUGUUUACCGAACAUUGUGAUCUUAAGCUCCUUACAAUAGCUUCUACAAGGUUUGUAAUCUCUUUUGUUUUGUUGAAAUCUUACUUACAUUGUUACAUAUAAAGUUUACUAAAUUUUAC